AUGGCUUCCAACGACGAUAGCCGCUCCACCGACAAUAAGGCUUCCAUCGCCCUCCUGCGCCGCGUCCGCGCCGGAGACCACGUCCACUUCGUCCAUCACGUCGAUGUCUGUGAUGCCGUUCCCGAGGUUCUCGUCGCCGACCUGGAGCCGGUGCCGGGCACCGGUGCCGAAGAUGACGGCUACAGCAGGAUCUGGUACUUCUACCACGCCAAGAAAUACAAGAACACCCGAGGCGACACCAGCGGCCACAGGCAGCGCGCGGUCACCGGCGGCGGCGGCACGGGCUGGCACUCGGAGAUAAGGCGCAAGGACGUCCAGGGAUCCGGUGGCGGCACGUUCUGCACCUUCUCAUACGGCCGCAAGACGGAGCCCUCCGCUCGAUCGAUCGACAGGAUGGGGUGCAACUACGUGCUUUGCAAGGUGUACCGCUCGCCUCGCGCGAAAGGGAAGUCGGCGCCGGUAUCGGCGUCCUCCUCUAGCAAGAAGUCCUCGUCCAAGCAGACGGCCAAGAAGAGGAAGGCCGGCGGCGGUGAGCACCCCGAGGCGCCGCCGGCCAAGUCGAUCCAGCAGCAAGAACAGGUGCAGCAGGAUACUACCGCCUGCUAUCAGCCACAAGGCGUGGAGUCGGAGCACGGCGGCGACUUCAACUUCAACAUCGAGGACAUAAACUUCUACGUCGACGAGAGCAUGCUGCGAGACGAGCCAGAGCAGGGACUGCAGCAGCCAAUCGCCGAGCCGGAGACUGCCGUGCAACGACAGUCUGAGCACGAAGAGUUCACCGUGGAGUGGUUAUUGCGAGGUGAGCCGCAGCAGCCGAUCGUCGAGCCGCCGCCGGGGCAUGGCGGCGAGUUCAUCCAGAUGCCGUGCGGUCUGUUGGUGCCCGUGGUGGCGGAAGCCACCGUCGACGAUAUGCUCGGGCUCGGCCCGGAGACAAUGUACGGCCAGUGGAGCGGUGGCAUGACAACAGCAACAAGCAUACCAUGGAGCAGCUACGCGCCGACGACGUUGUACACAGGAUGCAGCAGCCUUCUUCAAGGAUCUGAUCCCCUCCAGCUUCCAUACCUGACGUGUUGA